AUGAAAAAUGAAGAAGAAAAUUUCUUUUGUCCCGAUUGCGGGAGAGGUUAUAAGUUAAAAAGUUCUUUAAAAAAGCAUAUGAAGUGGGAGUGCGGAAAGGAACCAAGAUUUCCAUUAAUUACUUGUACCGCCGAUUCAGACGAACUAGCAUUUGUAUCGUACGAGCAAGUGUUAUCUGAAGACGAAGAUGAGGCUCAAAAACGUAAACGAAAAAAACGGGAAUGCGAAAGACGAAGACGACAAAAAAUUAAAAACAACUUAGAGUUAUAUGAAGAAGAAAAAAAGAAGAAGAGGGAAAGAUACCUUCGACGGAAAGCUAAAGAAUAUUUCAAAAAUUCACACUUGCUCUAAAAUAUAUUAAAAUAUGAAUAUAAUAAAACUCGUACGUGAUUCUAUUUUGGGCAUAAUUAUACAAAAUUAACUUUUUUUUAAAUAAUGUUGAUACCUAG